GGAUGACCUUUUACUAUGGCUGCAGCCAAGAAAGUACAUAUGUUGGAGACAGAAAACAGGGAAGCUGUCCCAGUAGAGGGGUUCAUUGUAGAGCACCCGGAGCGGUCCAAUAUGACCCGACCUCAACGAAAUCUGCCAACAAGGUCACGAUGAGUCUUUUUCUUGAAAUUUUGCUCGCGAGGUGCUCUUUGGUGCAAGUUACGCUUGACUUGGUCUGGAUGAUUUUCGCACUGUUUCUGCAGAAUAUCAUCUAUUUUACUGCGACAGAGAAUAACUGAAUUUUCCCUAUGCAGGCGAGGUUCUAUUAUCGCGUAUCGGCUGUCGAGUAUGCGUCAAGGCCCUCGAGAUCGUCACGAUCAAGUCACGCAACAAGCCUUGCGCUCGGCCUUCCUCGAAGCACCACCCGUGGCUCGCUGCUCCCUCGUCCUUUUCGUCGUCCGUCUGUCUCCAUGUCCGUGAACAAAAGUAACGCAUACAAGAAAUACCAGUGUCGCUACUUUAGCAGUACUGGCCAGCCCUUAUAUCCACCUUGUAGGCAGGGUGAUAAUUGUCGAUUUGUCCAUCCAAACGAUCCCAAUUGGCCGGGUCGCCCAUGCAACAUCCCAGUCAUGUCAGUCAAAACGAACAGCGUGGGACAACGAACCUCUACGGAAGCCAAGUCUGCAGCACCAAGGGCGACCUCUCAUAGUCCAGCUAUAUCUCGUUUUGGGCCGCCUCUAGUCUCUCAGACAGAUCUCUUUCGUCAGUUGAAACUGGAAUCAGAUAGUGACGAUACAGAAUCUCUUCUGCGUCGCACCCAAUUCCCAAGCAAAGUUUGGAACCAUGAUUCUAGGCGUAAUGAUUUUGACCGCGAAAGCUUGCGGGAACGCACAGCUGGUAGAAGCAGAGAGAGACAUUAUCCUCGGAAUAGAUCUGCGAGCCCAUUGCGGUCUCGAGUCAAGGAGAAGCUGCCAGCCGGCAAACCCCAAUCAGAUCUCGACAAUUCCACUGCAAACCCAGGCAUUGGCGCCAGUUCAAGCGUUUCCGUCAGAUCUGCAGAGAAAUUCGCAGGCCAACCAACCACCGGCAGGGUCCGGACAGGUCCUGCAUCCCAGCGAAUAGUGGAUUUAUUUCGCGAUCUCGCCAAGUUUUCCAAUGAUGUCGUGCAAUCAACCGCCGAAUUUGAAAGACAGGAAAAGAAAUUAAAAUCAUACACGGAGAUUUCCGCGACACUUUCCAAAGUGUCCAAUUCAGCAGCAGCUUCAGUUGCGCCUAAUCUUGCAGAAAUCCUUCUUGACCAUGCUCAAACUCAGAAUCACGUCGACGAGGGCUUUGCGGCGAUCGGGAACAUUUGGCUGGAAAUUUUUGGCGUUGUCAUUUCCGAGGUUAACGAAAUCAUUAAUGCAUCCGUUGAGGAGGCGGUUGAUGCACUGAAAACUCGUAGUAUGGAACGCACGAUGAACGGAAGGGACGUCCAUCCAGGGCCAGAUGAAGAUACGAUACUUGUGGACGCAAUGUCGACUCCGGAGGUCCCGCUCGUUUCAUCAAGGGGAAGAUUAACAGAUGAGCUGGAUGCGCGCUUGCAGACCGUCAAGCGUCUCAAGCUCAUGGAAUGGAGUCCUGCCGGUUCCGCUGAGCCUCUCUCCCGCUCGACUAUCAGCGUUGGGGACGUCAUACAUCAAAUGAAAUUGAAAUUAAAUGAGCAGUCAUCGUCGCUUCAUCAUCUUGCUAGAGAAAACAACGAAGUACGUGCAUCACCACCACCACUUGAAACUUGAUUUCUGCGGUAUUAACAAGUUCAUGUGGAUAGCUGAAAAGCAUGCUUCAGAACAAUUCCCGAAACCCGAACCCGAGCCUACUGUCACGUUCUUCCUCUGCGGCGGUGGCUGAUCCUUCAUUUUCA